CGGAGCAGUCGGUAAACGGUUGCUAUAAUGCGGUGCUUGUGUCUUGUGUUGUUUGUGAAUGUUGUAUUCGCGUUGAAUUCAACUAACGAAGAUGAAGCACCGCAAUCUAUAUUUGAUUACUACUCUAUGCCCGCUUUAUCUGAACUGGACGAUUAUGAUCUGUGUCUGAGAGAUCCGGAAGCUGUGUACUGUAUAGUGGAUAUGGAAAUAAUGGAAGAUGAAACACCGCUAUAUCAGUAUAUUAAGAACUUCUCAUCGCUUUCGUAUAAAAAUUACAUGCACACGAAAUUACAUAGGGGCGUGUGUGGUUCAAAACAUUGUGGUCUUAAUAUGACACAUGCCAAUGCUUCUGAAUCCACUGCAAUGGCACUCAAAGACUGCUUCAAUGCUUCUAUUCACCAAGGUUAUGGAUUACAGCUGGAAUCAUUGUCCGUUCGUUACUGUAAGACUCAAGGUGACUACACGCCGCCCGACACUCUGGAUUAUGUAAUUGGUGUUUUAUUAUUGGCUCUGCUCGGUGUGAAUGCGGCUUGUUCAGCUUAUUACUUCUUAUGGCCCAGUGAAAAGGGAGAAGGUAACAGAUAUAUGCUAGCUUUCACGAUACAGAAGAAUUGGAAGGCGCUGAAGUAUGGUGGUAGCGCGGAAGGUGGCCUCUUCAAAUGUUUCCAGUCUUUAAGAUUCUACACUAUGGUGAUGAUCCUUGGUCUUCAUUCCAUGAUCUUCAUUGGCUAUGGAUACACCGCUAAUCCGGAAUUCAUUGAACAAUCUUAUGACGACUUCUUCAAAGCCCUCCUCUUCAACGCCCGCGUCAUAGUGCAAAUAUUCUUCGUGAUGGGCGGUUUCCUGAUGGCUUACAAGAUGCUCGUGUAUGCUGAAACUCAUCCGUUCACACUGAAGACUGUACCUAUGGCUUUGAUAAAUAGAUGGGUCAGAUUAAUCCCUGCAGUUCUAGUCGUAAUGGGUCUUGCUAUGACCUGGGUCCCACACUUAGGGUCUGGACCCAUGUGGGACGCCGUGGUGAAACGUGAACGUGACAUGUGCCGAAGCAACUGGUGGCAAUUAGUGAUUCUGAUGCCAAACUUGUUCCCUUUCGAGCAUCUGUGCCUGCCACAGGCUUGGUACCUUGGAACUGAUACCCAAUUGUUCCUCAUCACAUUAGUGAUGAUGCUUAUCAUCUGGAGGUGGCCAAGGAGUGGAGUCCCGGUGCUGAGCGUCGUGAUGGUCAUCAGUCUUUUGAUACCGUUUUUGCAGAGCUACUUCAUGGAUUUACUUCCUAUCAGAGUCAGCAUAUUCCCAGAAUCAAUCAGAAAUAUUUUUGGAUACAAUGACACAUUUUACCACGCGUACGUGUCAGCACAAGGCAAUUGGACAGGCUACCAUCUUGGAGUCCUCACAGCAUACUUCUAUCACAGAGCACAGACUGAGAAAUGGAAUUUGGCGGAAUCUCGACUUUACAGACUAUUGACCUUAAUAUCAGUGCCCAUAGCCUUGGGAACAGUGUUGAUGGGUUGGGAUCUACACCACCGUAUUGCUUCCACCUUCGAAGCUGCCGUUUUCAAUGCUUUAAACCAGAACUUCUUCGCUCUGGCUAUGUGCGUGUUUAUUGUUGGAUGCUUCUACAGAUGUAUCAAAGUCUACGUGAGUGCUACAGAAUGGGGACCGUUACAGCCUCUCGGUAGACUGUCAUAUUGUGCUAUGUUGCUUCAUGCCACCAUAUUGAGAACUUAUGGUGGUCAGAUGAGACGUUCAUUCUAUGCUACAGACUAUACAGCUAUUAUGCUCUUCGCUGGAAUUGUUUGCACGACCUACCUUUGCGCUCUACCUCUCCAUCUCUUUGUUGAGGCCCCAGCUUGCCAACUGCAGAAAAUCCUUCUAGGACCCAAGAGAAGACCAAGGAAAGAACAAGAAGACAACAACGCCAAUCAUGUCAAGCCUGGUAUUUCUACUGUAUCUGUAUCGACAGUUUCAACUCAUAUAUAAUCUGUAAUCAGUAUUAACCUGGCCAGACAUUAGGUUGAAAACCGUACGUUUUUAUUACGAUUCGGUUGAUCGUAUCAGGGAUUCUAGCGGAAAAUGUAAUGUGUGGCCGGCAUUAGAAUUCUAAUUAUAAAUUAUGAUUUAUCUGAUUUAUUAUACUGUACUCUAAGUACAAACGAUGUAGUUUUAUCUAUGUUAUUGAGGUAUACUGUGUGAAGUAUGUAACAUGAGUUUGAUUAUAUAACGUACCUAAGUGUAUUUGCUAAAAUUCUCAUUUGAAAUCGAUUAAAACCAACAGGUUGGCGAUUACUUAUGCACCAUAACUUGUAGUUGCCAUGGAACUUUGCAAUAUAUAUAACUAUGAAAUUAUAUAUGUUCUAUAUAUUCGAAAACUUGAAUUUUAAAUGGUUUUAUAACAAAAUUGUUAGCGAAUUUACUUCGUAAUGUAGCAGCAGCGUUAUCGUAUAUAGCAGAAGGGUAGUCGAUUACCCGCAUUCGAAUAUUCGGACUUAAUUUGUAACCAAAGGAUUGUUUAUACGAGCGGCUUUGAUGUUCAACAAGACUUGGCAUCUACGAUGUAUAGGUUUACAAUGCAUCCAAGGAAAUCUAGAAUAUUCUGAAUUAUACCUUAUCGAAACCUGAUAUUGUUUCAGAAGAUAGACUACCUCAAAUUCAUAUUACGGCUGAACCUAACGAAAAUAAUUCUAGGAAUUGGAAAUAUUCUCGGCUUUGGAAAACAAAAUUUCAAAUUUAAUACCAGGGGUCGGCGAUCGGUAGGAUUCUAUUCUCGUCUUAGAAUUGGAUGCAGUGCACAAGCAUUUACAUGAAAAUAUUGUCUUUACUUACAAUAAUGCUCCAAUUUUGGUGAAAUAUCCGACUUUUAUGAUGGAUAAUAGUACAUAGAAUAUGUAAGUAAUAUGUCUUUUAAAAUUCAAUAUUAUAUUUCGUAUAGCUAAUUCAAAUAGAAAACUUUUGGACACAGAAUUUAUGCAAUAGCAGUGCUCUAUAUAAGGAGAGAUAUUUAACUUUACCUAACCCAUAAUGGCUCUGAUGGAUAUUCAGUGGAUAUAAUAAGCAGUAAAUAUAAUUUAAUGCUGGUUUCAUCACAGUUGUAAGUAAGACAUAACUGUUACUUAGCAACAAGACUAAUUUUAAAUGUGAUUAUACUUUUAAUUCCAAAAUCAAUGUGCCUAAUAGGAUCUGGCGCUAAGAUAA